CUGAUUUGGACCCUUGAUCCAACCUCUGACAGAGCAAUUGUUACAAUUCUCUGGCAAGACCAUGAGGCAUCCGUUCAACCAUUUGUUUGUCUGACGAAAAACCUCAGCUUUUGCGCGACAAUUGACUCUCUUCCCGGGCUGCACAGGCUGUCCCAUGUUCAUCGGGCUUGGUCAGUUAUGAAUUAUGGAUUCCUCGGCAUUCACCACACGCACAGCCACCGAGAUCGUGCAGCCAUCGUGGGGGGAGCUAGCGGUGGUUAGAUAUGAAAAUUGCCUCGUUUUUAGCCAACCUCCUGUCACCAAACUUCCCCUCAGAUGAAUCGGCAGCCAUGAUCAGCAACAGCCAAUGAUGAGGGCCAAUGGCUCCGCAGUCGAGGUAAGACAUGCCGCCAUCACCGACUAUCUUCUGCGAGAGGCAGCACGCACACACAGCAUGUUCGGCCUAUGGCGACCACGAGUUACCCGAAUGGCGGUGUCUGAGGGAGCUUCUUGGUACACAGCACACAGCACCCCAGACCUUUUUGAACAACUGUAUUACCAUUGACAACAACAAACCCCUUUUUGGAGUCUGUGCUGGCUUCCGAGAUGCAGAAAGGGGCUUCGCUUGCGCAGUGUCGGUCCACAUGUUUACCACCUGGCACGUGUGUCGGUUGAUAAAUUGCGAUGGGGAGGCAGGGGAGCCGACAUUGCGCUGCGACGGUCAAGUAAUGACGAGUUAUUUCACGGCGCACGAGCCAGCUGGAAUCACAAGUGACAGCAUCAUCGUUGUGGCUGUUCGAGACAUUCUCCAACCGCUUCGUCUGCCGACAGCUUCAACGGACUGGGUUCCGGGUAUUCGGAUCUUGAUAGGGAAGAAAAAAAAAACAUAAAGACGGGAACAGCGGAAGCACGGGCUCGCCGGUGGGAUGGCGGCCGGUGUUCUUCCCGCCGGCUCCUGCGUGUGGGUUCGUAGUCGAGAGAUUUUCGGCAGGGAUCUAUACUUUUAGCGCCUACCCGAAGUGACGGGGCGGCCUCAGGGCCAUAUGAUGCAAUGUGGUAUCAAGUAUCAAGCUGCAGAUUCCAAGAAGACCUGUUGUCGUGCGACACAGCAGCUACGGCGACGUACACUGUAGCAGUCCAGAGCACACCGGAACAAGGCACAAGCAAGAAACAUUGCCAUGACUGUGCCAAGGUGACGCGAGCAGCUUCGCACUCUAGCGCAAGGGCCGACCGAUGAACAAGCCACCUCUGCACCCCUCAGCUGGGCUGGGAAUCUGGGAAAACCCUCUCGGUGCAGGAUUCGUAAUUCGGAAUUGCGCCAGCCAAUUCGCGCUCUCCAAAGCCCACGAUAGCUUGCCUUUUGGGACCAGCCAAGUCCCAAAUUGCACCACCAAUCCCCGCCCGGCCUGGCCCAUCCUUGCCAAGGCCCCACGCAGCUUUUGGACAGCUCCUCCACUUCCAGUUUGA